CGUGCCCGCACUCCGAGCCAAGCGUCGCAAGGCCUGGGUCCUGCAGGCCUGCCUCAGUCACCUCGACACGGACCUCAAGGCCAUGUUCCGCGACGAGAAGAAGUGGGGCCUGACGACGGUGGAGGACGGCAUGACGGCCGAGCGGCUGUCGGACCUGGCGCGCAAGCAGACGCACCCCAACAAGCUGGGCGACCGCUACCCAGUGCCAUGCUACCCGCUGUACUCGAUCCUGCUGGCGCUCGGCCGCACCAGCGUCGACUUCCUCAGCCUGGACGUGGAAGGCACCGAGAUGGGCAUCCUAGCGCACGUACCCUGGCACCUGGUGGACAUCAAGAUCCUGCUGGUGGAGAACUUCAUGACGUACCUGUGGAACCCGCAGACCGACAUGAUGCGCUGGUUCAUGGAGUCCAGGGGCUACCUGGCCAUGCGGCUGCAGCACGAUUGGUGUUCGUGCGGCGCGAUUGCGACGGCAUUCGGCCGCCACCUGGACAUCAGCGAGUGCGGCUUCACCAGCGUGCUGAGUAUGCUGGCGUCGCUCGGGCCGCCGUUCCACCUGACCAAGCGGGCCGACGAGUGGUUCGUCUCGCUGCGCCCAGGUGGUCAGGAUUUGUUUGUGUCGCGUGCUUAG